AUGGCAGAAAACAGAGCGAAGAAAUCUGGUCUUGGAGCUGAUAUUGAGAAGAAAUUGGAAUACCGUUAUGACCAGGAGGAGGCAGCCGGAACGAUGACCGCCGUCAUGAACUGGGUCAACGCCGUCACCGCAGGGGAACACGAACCAAUCGCCAACCAGUCACAGAAGGAGUUGCACCGAGCGUUGAGAGACGGUGUCAUGCUGUGCAAGCUAAUCAACAAACUGCUGGCAAGUGAGGGAAAGAAUAAAGUCAGCUUCCAAAAGAAGGUUGCAUCCCCUUUUGUUGCAAUGGGAAACAUUGAAUCGUAUAACAAAGGCGCUGCUGAAUAUGGGCUCAGUAAAGAGUUCCUUUUCCAGAGUGGUGACUUGUGGGAAGGACGUAAAGGACCGUUUUUGAACGUCAUCAAUGGCAUCCACAGUUUAGGGUUUUUGGCCAACUCCAAAGGCUUCCAGCCCGCAUACACAGGACAGCAGACCAAGUUGCUGGAUCUGGAGUAG